CAACAACGCAGAGAGGAGGCUCAAUCCACACUUGCAAAGCGCCUUCGGAUUUUUGUGUACCAUAUGGGUUACAGUAGAGAUGAUGUUAAACAAAUAUUUCAUGAUGUUAAGUUUGUUGUAAUGGGAGGUAGUGCUAAUAGAAUGGGUAGUUUUGCAGAACUUAUUGCUAAAGAGAUUGGUGUUCCUGGGGAAUUAGCAGAGACUUUAGUAAAGCUACAAGACGACAAGACCUUCAAUACUAUAUUUGGUACAACAAUGUGUACUGAUGACUUUUAUGAAGGUCAGGCUAGAGUCGAUGGUGCCUUUUGUGAUUUGUAUUUUACUGAAGAAGAUAGAAUCAAAUAUUUACACGAACUUCAAGGAAAUGGUGUCGUCAAUAUUGAAAUGGAAGCGACGCUAUGGCUCUUGUUCACUUUGUUACAAAGCUGGUGUGAAGUGUGCCAUUUCUGUGUGACAUUAUUGGAUCGAUUACAAGGAGACCAAGUGGAAAUAACUGAAGAGACAUACAAGAAGUUCGUGUUCAAAGUAGACCACAGGGUCUUUGUGCGCACAUUUAUACUUACAAAGCUUAAAGAGCAAGAACUGGAGGAGAACUAG